UCAUCUUCUCAUGUAAAUAAAUUUCUCUGCGGUUGUGUGGCUCUCUCUGGCCAAUUCUACCGUUGAACUUUGUAUGAAUCGCUCUAGAAUAUAUUGAAACGUCUCCGUAUAGGGUUUGUUUUACUUUUAAACUAAGUAUUUUCUCAGUUUAUUUCGUAAAGAAUAACAAUGUCGGACGUUUUGUCUGAUGACGGCAGCGACAUCAACCAAGAUGACAGCCAGGAAGACGUUAUGACUCCGGCGGAGCUCAUCGCUAAACUGGAAGAAGCUUGGCUGAAUGAGAAGUUUUCCCCGGAGCUGCUGGAGAACAAGUCUGAGGUGGUGGAGUGUGUGAUGGAGCAGCUCAUCCACAUGGAAGCCAACUUGCAGCGUGUGAAGAAGGGAGACGCAAAGGCCAGCAUCCACCGUAUGGAAAUAGACAGAAUACGCUUCAUGCUCAGCAGCUACCUGCGCUCCCGGCUGCAGAAGAUUGAAAAGUUUUUCCCGCAUGUCCUGGAGCAGGAAAAGUCUCGAGGGGAGGGAGAUCCGUCGCUGCUUUCUCCUGAGGAGUUUGCCUUUGCCAAAGAGUACUAUGCCAACACAGAAACCUACCUGAAGGCUGUAGCACUGAAGCGCAUGCCCCCCAACCUGCAGACCGUGGACAUGCUCAAAGCAGUGCCUGAGCCCUGCCUGGAUUCGUUUGUGUUCCUGCGAGUGAAGGAGAGACAGGAAAACAUUUUGGUCGAGCCUGAAACAGAUGAUCAGAGAGAGUAUGUUGUGGAUCUGGACGAGGGCUCUCAGCAUCUGAUGCGGUAUCGAACUAUAGCACCACUUGUCUCAAGUGGAGCUGUGCAGUUAAUUUGAAUGUUGUGGUCUGAUGAUGUGGAUGUUUUUGGCUCUUGGAGGUCAUUAAAGAACAGUGACUGUGACUUUUUAACAAAGCAGCAAUGAGGAGAACAAACUGCAGGGAAUACAUCUGAAAGUGCGCCUACCUUUCACACCUUUGUCAGCAUUCAGGAUUCUUGUAUGGGAUACUGCCACAGUCAUUUUAUGGCACCACGUCUUCAAGCCGUUGCUGGUAGUUUGAGAAGCACUCGCAGACAAAUGAACCCCGUCAACCACACCAGCUUUUGCAGAGCAGUGGUGUUAUUUUUGGAUCUUUUUAAUCAUCAACACAAGUUUGGUUACAUAAUAAUUAUGCAUUCUGGUGUGUUGGUGGCACUGUGACUGGUAAAUACCAGUCCAACUCAUUUGCAAAUGUAUGGUUCAUUCUGAUACUUUAUCCAGAUGACUCACAUUUUUGGACCUUUUCCCUCGGCUGCUCGAUAACAAGAAGCAUCAUAUGACCUGAAGGUGAAAUUUCAUCAGCUCACUUGGAUCAUGAGCUCGUCAUACCAAGCUGCAUGUAAAUAUGUGUGGAUGUUGGAAGGGCGUCAUUUCUUCUGCUCAACAUGUUUAAACGAGAUUAGUGCUUCUAUUAAAACUAGUUUCACUUGUGUGAAAUUCCCCCAAAUUUUUAAUACUUUUGAACACCACAUUUGUGAAAACAAUACAAUCUCUGUUGUUUUAAUCAUCAAUGUUAUCAGAACCUAGUGAAGCUUUUCAAAAAGCUGCACCUAUUUCAUGAUUAAGGAUUAAGGAGAGAAAUAAAUGCAUUAAAAACUCUGGGCAAACUCUGCACUGCAACUAAGCUCCACUACCAUUAAGCCUUCAGACAUUAUGGUGAUUCUGCAACUGUGAUAUUUGGUGUCCCCAUUUGUUAGUGAACGCUGCAUUAUGGCAUUGCGGGAGCCUGAGAGAGCAGAACACAGCGAGGGCACCACAUGCAUGUAUGCAGAUCCUGUUCUUAGUGACGGGAAUUCCUGCUCUCUCAGUGACCCGGAUCAUUCGGUUUUCAAACAGCUCUUCAUUUGGGUACCACUUUGGCUUCAUUUGAUCUGCUAAAUUUAGCAAUGUUGUGACAUAUGAUUGAUAUUGUGCUAGUAUUUUACUCCAAUUAUGCUGAAUUGUUUUGAGUAAUGAAAAUAUUAUGUAAUUGUUUUUGGAAGUAUAUAUUGUCUCCCUAAAACACCUUGUGGGUCAGAUGUAAUUUGAUUACUGGCUAGCAGAGGUGGAAAAAGCACCUACUACUGUACUACUGUACUCAAGUAGAAGUACAGCUACUCUGGUUAAACUAUCCUAAAGUAAGAGUACUGGUCUUAAAAUGUAUUCAAGUAAAAGUAAAAAAUAUUCAAAGUUUGCUUUGAGUACUGAGUUGCUGGUAACAAUUUGGGAAAAUGGUCCUAUCAUUUGUUGAUUUGACGGGGUUAUUUUUUCAGUUCUUCAUCUCUUUUUUUGUUUUUUGAACCAACACAAUAUUAGCUAGAUUAAACAAACUGUGCUUUCUUGUAGGCCAGGGGUAUUUGAGGAUGACAUAAUAUAAUUCCUUAGGUUUAAACUUAAACCUUUGUAAGCACUCAUUAAGAGACUAGGGCUGAACAAUUUUGAAAAACAUCUAAUUGUGAUUAUUUUGACUCAAAUUGCAGAUGCAGUGUGAAUUGUUAUAUUA